AUGUCUCUAUAUCGGUUGGUGUUUGAGAAGGCUUGUCAUCUGCCGGUGGAGUUAGAGCAUAAAGCUUUUUGGGCCAUGAAGACUCUUAACAUGGAAUUAAAAGCUGCAGGAGAGAAAAGACUGCUACAGUUGAAUGAACUAGAGGAGUUUCGAAAUGAAGCCUAUGAGAACGCAAAAAUCUACAAGGAGAGAACUAAGAAGUGGCAUGACCAAGGUUUAGUAAGGAAGGAGUUUCAACCUGGGCAGCAAUUGUUACUAUUCAAUUCAAGGUUGAAAUUGUUUCCUGGAAAGUUGAAGUCAAGGUGGUCAGGACCAUUCACAGUAGUCAAGGAAUUUGAUUCACUUGUUCCAGAUUUUGGGUGGUAUAAUUGUGUGUUGUGCAAAAAUAUUGUUGAUAUUGGGUUUGUUAUUAUUGUAUUGUGGAAUUGA